UUCCGCACGUCCCGCAGCCCCCGGAGCCUGCCUUACGGCCAGCCUCAUUCCAACGCGGCUUCGCCUGCACGGACAUAACCAGAGCGGACCGGAGCGACCGGGAAGAGAAACGCAGCAGCCCCCAUGGUUCUCUUAAAACCCCAUGUUGAUCUUGGACGCACCUCAGUGAGAAACUUGUGGAGGAAGGCACCUCCCACUUAACGCAGAGGAGUACUUAUGGCUCAUCCUUCAUGCCUCCACCCUUCCUCACACUGCAGCCAGGGGAGGCUAAGUAACCAGCACUGCCGCAUUUCUGGCAUUCCUUUCUAGAUGCCAAGGAUGAGUGGAGGGUUUCGGUGGAAGGGAGACUGAAACAGACACCAACACUUGGGAAACUCCAGGGCUGGGCAGCCAAAGGUACUGCUGCCAGACGAGGGGAAAGACUUUUGUCCCUUUUUUCCUCAGGAGAAAGGUUAAAAUUUAACAGCAUUGAAAAGACAGAUUGUUGCUCUGCAUUGGAGAAAAACACGUGGCUUCUCUUUGUCCUUGGAAGUGUUGUUAUCUUCUGGCUGCAGGUAAAGACCGGUAGGCGCUACAAACCAAACUGCACGAGGCCAGUUGUGAGCUGAAGAGUGAGAGAAGCUUUGGCACCUGCAGCCAAGUUUGGCAGAGGCUGGCAGCUGUGCCACCCUGGAGCAGGAAGUGGACGACGAGAACAUGGAGAACGCAGGGGGAAGAUUCUUCGGUGGGAAGCGGCCCAGCCUGCCAGGGGCACACCAGCUCCCAAUGGUUCAGAAAUUGGUGGAGUCCCUGGCCCAGCUGCAAGAGGAAAAGCUGCAGCUGCAGCAAGAGUUGCUGCUGCUGCAGGAGAAACUCUCUGUGCAAGAGAGCAGCCAGCUGACUCAAGCCGUGCAGCUACAGACCAAGACAGAAAGUCUGAAGGACAAACUCCUGGAACAAGCGCAGGAAAUGAACAGGCUCCAUUCCGUGCUGGGCGGCACAGACUUGGAGAAGCACCGGGACCUCUUGGUUGCAGAAAACGUGCGUCUAAAACAAGAAAUGAAGGCGUGUGAGGCACAACUGCAGGCGCUCAGGAAGCUGCCUGUGAAAUGCGUGGACUGUGAGCACGGCCAGGAGAACGCGAAGUUGCAGGAGAAGCUGGCCCAGCUGAAGGGCGAAGCGGAAGAGGUGAAAGGGCGCCUGGCUGAGCUGGACCUAGAGGUGGAGCAGAAGACCAACCGCCUGGCCGAGGUGGAGCUACGGCUGAAGGACUCUCUCGCAGAGAAGGCGGAAGAGGAGGAACGGCUCAGCCGGAGGCUGAGGGAUAGUCAGGAGACGAUCGCCAGCCUCAAAGCCCAGCCGCAGCAGGUCAAGUAUGUCAUCAGAACGGUGGAAGUGGAGUCCUCGAAGACCAAGCAGGCCCUCUGUGAGGCCCAGUCUCGGAACCAGUACUUGCAGGACCAAGUCGGGAUGCAACGGCAAGUCCUGAAAGAGAUGGAGCAGCAGCUGCAGAGCUCCCAGAAGACAGCAGGGCAGCUCCGAGCCCAGGUGGAGAUGUACGAGGCUGAGCUGGAACGGGCUCAGGAGCAGAUGCUGGAGGAGAUGCAGAGCAUGGAAGACGACAAGAACCACGCCAUUGAAGAAGCGUUCGCUCGCGCGCAAGGGGAGAUGAAAGCUGUUCAUGAGAACCUGGCAGGGGUGCGGACGAACCUCCUCACGCUCCAGCCAGCACUUCGAACCCUCACCAGCGACUACAACAGCCUGAAGCGGCAGGUCCGAGAAUUCCCUGUCCUUCUCCAAGACACUUUACAGAGCGCCAAGGCCGAGAUUGGACAGGCCAUCGAGGAGGUGAACAGCACAAACCAGGCGCUUCUGAGGAAGUACCGCAGGGAAUUGCAGCUCCGGAAAAAGUGCCACAACGAACUGGUGCGGCUGAAAGGCAAUAUCCGGGUGUUUGGUCGUGUUCGGCCCAUAAGUAAAGAGGACGGGGAAGGGCCUGAAGCCACCAACGCUGUGGCCUUUGACGCGGAUGACGACGCCCUCCUGCACCUGACCCACAAAGGGAAGCUGGUGUCGUUUGAGCUGGACAAGGUUUUUCCUCCAGAGGCGACCCAGGAAGACGUCUUUCGGGAAGUUCAAGCCCUGAUCACCUCCUGCAUCGACGGCUAUAAUGUUUGUAUUUUUGCCUAUGGACAGACGGGGGCUGGCAAGACAUACACCAUGGAGGGGACUCCGGACAACCCAGGCAUCAACCAGCGGGCCCUGCAGCUCCUCUUCUCGGAAGUGCAAGCAAAGGCCUCAGACUGGAACUACAAGAUCACCGUCAGUGUGGCCGAGAUCUACAACGAAGCCCUCAGAGACUUGCUUGGAAGGGCGCCUCAGGAGAAGCUGGACAUCAAACUGUGCCCAGAUGGCAGUGGGCAGCUCUAUGUGCCUGGCUUGACUGAGUUCCCCGUGCACCGUGUGGAAGACAUCAACCAGGUCUUCGAAUUUGGUCACAUCAACCGGGCGACGGAGUGCACCUACUUGAAUGAGCACAGCUCCCGCUCCCACGCCCUGCUCAUCGUCACCGUUAGGGGAGUUGAUUACAGCACAGGAAUACGGACCACAGGGAAGCUGAACUUGGUAGACCUAGCAGGGUCUGAGCGCGUGGGGCGAUCGGGUGCAGAGGGCAGCCGGCUGCGCGAGGCUCAGUACAUCAACAAGUCGCUGUCGGCUUUGGGGGACGUGAUCUACGCACUGCGCUCUCGCCAGGGCCACGUGCCCUUCCGCAACUCCAAGCUGACGUACCUCCUCCAGGACUCUCUCAGUGGCGACAGCAAGACCCUCAUGAUGGUCCAGGUUUCUCCUGUUGAGAAGAACACAAGCGAGACCCUCUGUUCCCUCAAGUUUGCUGAGAGGGUCCGCUCUGUGGAACUGGGCCCCGGCUCUCGGAGGGCAGAAUUCGGCUCCUGGUCCAGUCAGGAGCACUUGGAGGCAGACCCGUCAUCGGCGGCGGCGGCCCCCUGCAUUCGCACGCAGUCUUCUCCUCGGACAGGGCGGUCGAGUUCCCUCCGGGCAAGGCUCCAGGCGCCAGGGAAGCUGAGACCAAUUCCUGUGUGACAGUUACCUGACCUGUUAAGGAGGAAUUCAGGAAACCAGGAAUGCUUUUAACCAGCCACCCCGCCCUCCUUCACAGGCUCAUGGGCACCGACCCGGAAGGCGCUUAGGAGUUUCUUGGAGGUGCAGCAGCAGCAGCAGCAACAACAGAAAAGGGAGAUGGCACCCAUCGUCCCUUGCAUAGCAAAGGGUCUCCAUUGGACGGGCGCACCUGUCCUGGAAGAUGACGGCAGCACACCUCUACCCUGCUGUAUCUCAUCUGUUGCUGGCAACGGAUGCGGCUGGACUUGGAUACAGUUGGAGUUCAGGAGAUGGUUUAUCUGCCUAUUUGAUACAGGGCAAAUUUUAGUAUAUUUUUAAGGGAGCACAGAGAUUCUAGACACCGUUCUUGACACCCUUUGCUUUGAUUUUUAAAUGAAUAAAAACUCUUUGCACCAAGAUGGUGGCUUCCGAA